AUGGUAACCGUUGUUCAUGAGCAAAUGUCAACAUCCAAAUAUUCCAGUGGGAUGUGCGAAUGUGCUCAGUGUAUGCAUGCUUGUGCGCGUGUUCUUUUUUGUCGUCCCGCCGAGACACGGAUAUGCAGGUUCGGGUAUCAAAGCGCUGUCUGUCCACUGAUAGACAACGGUCAAGAGAGACUUGCAUAUGAGCCGUGCUAUCAACCAUCUAAGAUUAGUGGUGCCGAUACUGUGGAUGAUAUUAAACACACUUAUGAAUGGGGGGAGAGCGAGAAAGAAAAAUCAAUUGACAUGGCGUUGUGUUGUACGUCUGUGUUUACCUCUGUAGACCAACAUCACGUCAACACGUGUAUUGUUUUCCCAAUCGACUCUCAGUCCUUAAAUUAUGUUAAAAAUAAAGGAACCCGCAUUAGCAGCAAUGUGAAAAUGGAAAUGACACCAACAAUAACAUCAAAAGAAACGAGAGAAGCUUUAGCUGACAUGUAG